AUGGUGAAGCCUCCAGAAAAUCCGUCUGCCAAGUAUUAUCUAGGAUUCUCCAUGGCCCCUGCUGCCACAGCUGAUUUGGCAUCGCCAGCUCCGAAGAUUCUUCCGGAACCUUUCAACACCCUAUCCAACGCACCAAUUAAUGAUUGGCGAGCAGAUCUUCGCGAUAAUGGUUUUGCUGUGAUUAAAGGAGCGAUACCCCGAGAAAGGGCUCUUGAAUACCAACAAAAGGCUCGUCAAUGGCUCAAAUCAUUUGGAAAUGACAAGCUCGACUUUGAGAAUCCGGAAACUUGGCUCGCAGAGAAUCUACCGGUGCAAAGCACCAUCAAUACUUUCAGUGCAUAUGCUGUUGCUCAUGAAAAGUUCAUGUGGGAUGCGCGGCUGGAGCCGGGGGUUGUCGACGCUUUUGCUAGAAUUUGGGGUACGGAUGAGCUCAUCGUUAGUUUCGAUAGCUUGAACAUCACCUUUCCCAACCGAAAAGAUGUGCCACGGAAGGGAUCCUGGGAGCAUGUCGAUCAAAGUCCCCUACGUCGCGGUAUGCAUUGUGUUCAAGGAAUCAUCAAUCUAUCCACAGCAGGGCCAGAUGACGGAGGCCUGGUAGUAUACCCUGGCUCGCACAACUAUCUCGAGGAAUUCCUCACCACACAAACUGAUCCUUCUACAUGGGAGUCUAAAGAUCUAUUUUGGUUCCACGCAGAGCAACUUGCGUGGUUUCAGAAGGAGAAAGGAAUACAGCCCCACAAAGUCUGUGCAGAUAUCGGCGAUUUGAUUGUAUGGGACAGUCGUACUAUACAUUAUGGUGCGGAACCAACUGAAGCGAGCAAUACCAUUCGCACAGUCAUAUAUGCAGCAUACUCUCCGUCCAAGCUGGCGUCAACGGAGACCUUGAAGCGGAAGGCAGAGGUGUUUCGCAACUACGGCGGCACUACUCACUGGCCACACGAUAAUGUGGUGGUCCGUAAACGUGGAGCUAUUUUCCCCAAUGGCAACCCCGAUCCUAGAGACCGUGAAGUACCUCUGGAGUUGCCAGAAAUGACGGAUGGACUGUUGAAACUUGCUGGUGUAAAACCAUACUGA